AUGGCCGCUGAUCAACGGAGAAAGCGCUUAAAUGGUGCUAGCAUCAUUGGCUGCAAUUCUAGGGAGCAACAUAAAGCAAAAAAUAAAAAUAUGGGAUUGCUUAAAGAUGAUUCAGACAUAAAUUCUCAUAUUUCUCUUGAGUGGGAUGGAAAUCAGAAAAUGGUGGUUGCCAAAAGCGAUCAAAUUGGCAUAAGGUGGAGAGAUUUGAGGCCAUUUAUUGAUUCUACUUUCAAUAGCCACAAUAUUUUGGCAGAUGUUUUUGCCGUUCCUGAGGGAAUCUAUGAUUUGGAAGAUUUGGAAGAUGUGCUUUCGUAUGAGGUUUGGCAGACUCAUCUAUCAGAGAAUGAGAGAAAGCAUCUGAUGCAGUUUCUUCCUAGAGGACCAGAGGCAGAGCAAGUUGUGCAAGCAUUGCUUUCUGGGGAUUACUUUGACUUUGGAAACCCUUUUCUUAAAUGGGGUGCUUCACUUUGCUCAGGUGAUUUCCACCCAGAUGCCAUUCUCCGCAGGGAACAGUGUCUAAAUACUGAUAAGAAAGCCUACUACAAGGAGUUGCAGAAGUAUCAUAAUGAUAUGAUUGCAUAUUUACUGAAGUUGAAGGAGAGAUGUGCAAGCUGUAAGGAUCCUGAAAAGGAAAUUGUGCAGAAAAUAUGGAGGUCAAGAAAUGAUAUGGAGAAAAAAAUAUCUUCACACGCAAAUGAAUCCAGAUUCCGCGAUCUUGAGGAAAAUACCACAGUUACAUCUGAAUCUUGUUCAUGGGUUGCAGAUGAGAAAGCUUGUAGUAGUGAUAACCAGAUUUCCUCAGUGGUCAAAGGGGGUAAACUUCAGAACAGGAUCUACGAGAAAGGUUUCGUAACGGACAAAGGUAGAAAUGUAUUGGUUACAGCAGAUGGGGCAGUUAAUGUAAGAGUGAGAUCCAAAACAGGAGACAGGCUACAUAAGCGUAAUUUCUACAGUAGCGACGGUGCUAAAUACAUGUCAUAUGUUAAGAUUAGCAAGAAACAGUAUGAAAUUGUUAAGAGUAUGAAGCAGUCUGGCAAAAGCAUUCAGUCCAGGUCUCUUAACCGGGUUUUAGGUAACCUUGAUAGCUUUGAUGUACAACCAUAUGAAGUCUUUGUGGAAGAAGAGCAGAAAAAGUUGCAUCAGCACUGGUUGCAAUUGGCAAAUAAAGAUCUCCCAGCAGCUUAUGCAAAUUGGAAAGAAAUGCAUCUACAGAGGCGGCAAAUGACAAAGUCUUUGGAGAAAGACAUGAAAAGGAGGCUAGAGUCCCUGGUGGAGGAUGAUGGAGGUGAUGAGAACCAUGAGAGCUUGCUUCAGGGUGAGAUAGAUAUUGGAGCAGAAGACCAUGAAUCUCCCUUGGAAGAUGAUGACAUGUCUGAACCUGGCUCCCCACAGGGUGAUGGGUGCAACCCCAUGGACAUGGAAGAUGAUGACAAGUCUUUGCAGAAGCUUACUAGUGGUGAUGAGUGCAACCCCACAGAUAUGGAUUCAGAAGAACAUUCCAGUACUGAAUCAGAUAAUGAUUCAGAAAAGCAUAUCAUUACAGAAUCAGGUCAUUCUCCUCCUAAUUUAUCGGAGUACGUGGAGAAUCUGAAUACUGCAAAUGAUACGGUAAGUCAGGGAGCCCAAUUAUGUGCUCGUAGAGAUGUCUGGAAGCCAGUUAGCAUGCCACAUUCACAUUCUUACUAUGAUUCUACCGCAAGCCAUGAAUAUUCAUCUACCAGUGAGUUAUCACUUGCGCAUCCACAAGUUAAUGAAGAACAACGAACACACUUAGUUGCUCUGGAGUCUGACUUGCCUGUGGGAGACACUGGGAAAGAUUUAUUGCACAGACAAUCAGAGAAUGGUUCCUUCAGUUACCCAAACCAAGAUCGAAAUGAAUUGCUUCAAUCUCUCUUUAAGGGCCAGAGCAUGUUACCCUACGAUCAUGAGCAGAAACAGACUGGGUUGGAUUUCCGACCACCAACCAAUGUGUUUACAGGAGAGGGUCAGUUUCGAGGGCAUUUUGAGGAGCAGCAACACCAGUCACUGCCUCUGGAGCAGGCACAUAAGAGAGAGAGUGAGGUUUAUAUGCAGCAAAACCUACCUGAGAACAUUUAUUCUGAUGGAGGUAGAUACUUAAUUUCAAGGCAGGAACAUCUGACUCCAAUCAAUGCGCAGGAUUGGGCUGUCAAUAGUCGUAUGCCAGGACCCCUCCAAUCUCACUUAGAUGGGGGAGAAAUGUUGAGCCAUAACUGGUUUUCUGGAGAGCCUCAAGUUCAUGGUGGAUGGUCUGCAUCAGGUGGUACUAGUGUCGCAAGUCAGAACAUUGGGAGUGGAACUAAUGCAGAUCAGAGCUUAUUCAGUGUUCUAUCUCAUUGUAACCAAUUACGUUCAAGUAGCCCUUAUCAUCCAGUAGCUUCCACUGAGCAGUUCAUUCCCCCUAGGAACUAUGGAAUGCCGAGUGGGGUUACUCCAAGGAUUGGAAAUGUUUUACCGCAAGCAGCUCAUGCACUUGAUUACUUGGGUGGGCGUGAAGCAACUACUUCGAUGAUGCAUGAUGGGAUGCAAUGGAUGAACUUGCCCCAUCAGAACUCUGGUUUACAUGAUCCAAUGGGGAAGCCAUUCUUGAGUGGCGGGGGAACAAGAGUUGUCAAAUACCAGAUGCAUGUAGAAAGGAAAGGUGACUUGCUAUACGGUUCAGAAUAUUUUGAGAUUCCGUUGGAGGGCAAGAGAUGUGAGGUUACUGGAGAUUCACAGAAGACAAAAGUGCAGAGCUGGUGA